GAAGAUCUCACAGAGGAAUUUCAGUGUCCCCACACCGCCCCUCCACUUAAAUCGCCUCCGCUUUCUCUCUCUCUCUCUCUCCCAGCCUUCUCUUCGCUGCUGCAGUGGCAGCAGUGCAUCACAGCUUUCGUUCUCUCUCUCUCGACCCCUGCUGCCUUUGUUGUUUUGCUUCUCUUCCCUUCCCUUCCCUUUCCUUUCUCCCCCCUCUCAUGUCACUCUCCUAGUAGGCUCAAGAAAUCGCAAUAGAAAAAUCACAGACGGGCUGGGCGAAAGGGAGGGGGAGAAAAAGGAGGAGCUCCCCACUAGAUUAUCAUAGGCCCAGGUAUAUAGGAGGGGAGGGCAGAGGAGCCGAGUAAUUAAGGCGGGGGAUAGAGACAGGGCGCUCUAGUGCACUCCCGCUAGCAUAGACAGCAGCUGCUGCCGCAGCAGCUGCGAGCCUGAGACCUCAGCUCAGCUCGGUGCUCGGAGGAGACGAGAGGUGGGGAAGAGGAGAUUUUUAUUCGUUCCCACCACAGGCACAGAGAGAGAGAGAGAGAGAGCGCGGCCAGCGGCGUCUUCCUUUUUAUCUGCUGCUGCUGCGGGCGGCGGCGACUGCUGCUGCUGCUGCUGCUGCGGCUGUAACGAAAUCUAGGCUCUAUCUACAGGCCGGGGAGCGGCGAGAAUUUUAAAUCUCCGCUCUCCUCCUCUCGCGUCGCAGCGCUGCGAAAUCCAUCCCCGGGCCUAUAAGUGUGGCUUCGGGACGGCGCUUCCCAUCCGACACCGGCGCCUUCGCGGACUGGGUCGCCUCCUCCGCCGCCGCCGGCCGCGGGGACGACCUCUCCCUCGGCUUCAAUGCCAGCGCGGCCGCGGCGGCCGCGGCCGCCUCCGGCGCCUCGCUGGGCGCAGGCCUCUGGGGCCCGGCAGCCUCCGCGGCGUCCAUGCGACAGGCAGCGGCGCUGAACUACGGGAUGGCCGACGUGGGGAUGGUCGUCGUCGCGCCCGCCGCGUCCUUCCACCACACGCACCACCACCACCACCACCACGAGGCCGCGGCGGCGGCGGCGGCGGCCGCGGGAGACCCCAUCUUCCCGCUGCUCUCCGGGGGGCCCUGCGUGCUUGAUCCGGACGCGGCCAAGUCGGGCUCGGGGGCCCCGCCCGGCAGCGCCGCCAUCCAGUUCUGGCAGCCGCAGCCGCAGUCGCCGUCCUCGGCAGCGGCCGCUAACCCUAACCCUAGCGCCAGCCCCUUCGCCUACCUCAAGAAGCCCCUCCCGAUGCUGGACACCGGCGCCGGCUCCUCCGGCUCCGGCGCCACCACGUGCCAGGACUGCGGCAACCAAGCGAAGAAGGACUGCGGCCACAACCGGUGCCGCACCUGCUGCAAGAGCCGCGGCUUCGACUGCUCCACCCACGUCAAGAGCACCUGGGUCCCCGCCGCCCGACGACGUGAGCGCCAGCACCUCGCCGCCUCCGGCUCCGCCUCCUCCUCUCCCGCGACCGCCUCUGCUGCGGCCGUCGCCUCCGCCUCCGCUUCCAAGAAGCCCCGCCUCCUCUCGUCGCAGACGACCACCUCCCACACAUCAACCUCCAACGCCACCACGCCCCGAAGCUUCGACACCACCUCCAGCCACCAAGACGCGUCGUUCAGGGACAGCCUCCCGCGGCAGGUGCGCGCGCCGGCGGUGUUCAAGUGCGUGCGCGUGACGUCCAUCGAAGACGGCGAGGACGAGUACGCGUACCAGGCGAUGGUCACCAUCAACGGCCACCUCUUCAAGGGAUUCCUCUACGACCAGGGCCCCGACGACGGCCGCCACGCCGCCACCAGCAACGAGGACUCCACUGCCGGGGUGCCCAACAUCUCGGAGCUCCACCUUGGAGGGGCGUCUGCUUCCGGAGCCGGUGGCACCGGCGGCGUGAGGGAAGGCGGCGCCUCGAUGGGGCCCACGGAGCUAUACGGCGGAGGAGGACAGCAUCACAUUCUCGGCGGUUCAAGCUAUGGUAACACCAUGAACUGAGUAGUACGUUCUACACCGAUCAUUGCCAUUCUUUGUUCCUCUUCGUUGCUAGUGGAGUUCAAUUUUCUGUCCUUCUUGCCCGCGCCGCCAUUAGAGAGGGCACCAAUGCAUGGUGGCUGUCCAACUUCACCCCAUCUUGGUGAAGAAAAUUAUUAGUGAUUCGUUGGUGUAUAAUAGCAUCGAUGAAGAAUUGUUUUUAGUUGUACUAUUGCUACUGCUCUAGCACCACAUUGUCAAAUCAUAAACUAAUUAGGCUUAAUAGAUUCGUCUCGCGAUUUAGCCUAGGGGUUCUGCAAUUAGUUUUGUAAUUAGCUUAUGUUUAGUCUUCCUAAUUAGUAUCCGAAUAUUCGAUGUGACAGGGCUAAAGUUUAGCCCCCUCCUUCCAAACACCCCCUUAUUCCUUGUGCCGGAUCCCGUCGUGGUUGACAAGAUGUGAAACGAAAGAAAGGUGGUGAUGGAAAAAGCAAUUCCAUGCACUGUCUGCGCCUUUUGGGGUCGGGUGUUUUGAUUUGGUUCGUUGUAUUUGAUUGCAGUACUCCAUUUUUGCAAUCAGUGAACAUUUUUGCAUAGCUAAAGCCUUUUUAACAAGUUGGAGUAACUCUCUGUUAGAACACAAGUUCACAGCACAUAUGGGUGGCAUCCGCGGUCAUGAGCUCUGGAGCACUUUUAAAAAUUUGGGAUUGGUGUUGUUGUGCAAUCUUGUCAUCAUCAAAGCUGCUAUUAUCUCAUGUAGUACGUGUGAUGAUGGCAUUGGUCCAUAUCGUCUUGUCGACUGUUGUCAACCGUCAGGGAGCACGGCCACUGUUCACUUUGCUUCUUUAUUCUUUGCUGUAGAUAGUCGUGGCGAAUGCGUCCAUCUCGGGCACCGCGAAUUGUGGUGGUACUGUCUUCCAAACUGAAUAUUUGUUUAGUUCUUACUGUUCCAGGUCAUGCUACCUUUAGUUUGUGGUAGGCUACUUUUGCUAUUCAUAAGAUUCUUUACUUGAAUGGCUUUUCUGACUUUACCAAUUGAAGUAUUCUUGUAACAUCACAAUAUGGUAUUUAGAAUUUGUGAUCGGUAUUGUUUUCAGUUUGUUCUUACUGUUCCAGGUCAUGCUACCUUUAGUUUGUUAACUAGGCUAGAGAGUUUAUCUGGGUUUGGUGAUGAAGAAACGUGUGCCACUUGACAGACUGAUGGCAUGAUUGGUGCGAUCGUUUUGCAUGCAGUGUGGAUGUAUCUGCAAUGUGCACAUUUGUCACAUGCAUACAUUUGCUUGUUAGCAAGUUGCGAUUUCUGAUACGUCUCUUUUCUGAACAAUAAAUAAGAUCCAUCUAGAAAUGUGGACGUCUGUUUGCUGUCUUUUUGUUAUCAUGCCAAUCCAAUUGACUAUCCAACCUUCAGUUGGCUACGUUAGUUACUUACCUGCAGUUAAAGUGUUGUACACAUAUGACUGAUUUUUGUAUCCUGCCAUUGAUAUUUCAAUAUAUUUAUGUGUAUUUGGACAGAAUUCAAGCCAUGUUUCUUUUAUUCAAAAUAUCUAAUGUUCCAGUUCCAUAAAUCAGCAAAAGUUUUUCCUCCUUGAGCAUUCAACCUUCUUUCUACCAUGUUAGUUCCAAUUUUUAUACUUUGAGGCUUAAUAAUAGAAGACAGUAGUUUAGAGUACUAAAUUUGCUGUGUUCCCAUUCAUAUAAUUUCCUUCAACUGCUUGAUAAGUACUCAUCCUCCUUACUACAUUAAGUGAGAUAAUGGCUCUUGCAAAAUUGUGGUAGGCUGGUUUAAAUGUUCUGGUAUACUUACCAUCAUGUGCCGUAAGCCUCAACUAGCGAUUUUGAUCAUUUUAGUGGGGAAGACAAUUUGUUGCCGUGAUUAUUGAGUUAUUGUGGGGCGUCAGGAGUACUUUCAUAUUAAGUGUCUGAUAGCUUCAUCUUUCGUAAGCUGUUUGAAGCUCAAACCGACAAUUUGUUUGCAAUGAUGACAAAAUAAGGCUUGUUUGCAAUUUUGUUGGAUUAAGAGCAACCUUGUAUCUAAUUGCUAUUGCCUUGUGUACACUUUUCAUGCAUAGAUAAAGCCUAAAUAGGGGAGUUUAGGGAACAGGAAUUUUUAUGCAAAUGCAUAUUUAAAGAUGUCUGUUGUAAUCAAUUCUGUGUUUGAUGGAUAGUGCAUGAUUGGUUUAUUUGUCGAGAUAAAAAGAAUUAUUAAUGGUUGCUUGAAUGGGUUUCUCGUGAACAUGAGGCAAUUGUACAUCUAGCCAUCAUUUAUGCCUUGUUUGUCCUCUAUGGAUUUAUUGGGUAUAGUUCUUAUUUCACUUGUUUGGUGUAUUACAUGUCAUUCAGGAGAUUGGGAGGUAAUAUUGCUGCUUUGAAUUUACCCAUUGUUAUGAAUGAUAUAUACCAGGUGCACAAAGGUAGCUUCUAAUAGCUUCUAGUACUCUUGCACCUGUCAGUUUAUCUUUUGGAAUGUACAGGCUACAGAGUCCCUCAUAUUUGUCUUGUCAAGAGCAUUUUUAUCUGCCAUUGGGAGUUUACUGCGCACAGCAUAUAUCUCUAUAUCUUUAAAAAGCAUGAUGUGUUUUUUUCUUCUUCUGUGCGGUCCUACAGAGUACAGACAAUUGCAUCUCACCCUGUUUUUUUUUGUAGUGUUGACUUUAUUAGCCAGUUGAUUUGUGAAGAAAUUACAUAUUUGUGAAACCAAAGUUUGGGUAAAUACUGAUUCCAGUUGAGUGUUGCACUGGCUCUACAGGGAAUUAUAUGUUUGUAUUUU